UUGUUUUUUCGCACCGUGGCCCGUGCCAAGCGACCGCCCUCACGGCAGCAGGAGGAAAACCAGCUCCAUGGUGCUGCCGGUCUCCCGCGGCGCUGGUUACUAACAGACGCCGUCGUCUUCUCCGUAGGUCUCAUCGACGACCACAAAAACACGCACGGGGACGCGCCGCGGCCGCCGCCGGCCGCGCUGCCCAGGUGGAACAACCCCCGGCAGCCCGCCUUCGGCAGGAGGGGGAGGUUUUCGGCCAGGUACUCCCAGCAGGCUCCCAGGGAUUUCCAGCUGCGCCAGGCUCACUCCUGGAAGAAAAAAUAUUCGCUCGUCAACCGGCCGCCGGGAUCGGCGCGCGACGGUGGAAGUGGUGGAAGUGCCAGCACGUCCCGGGCUUUUGGAAGCCGUGGGGAGAGCGAGCCGGCGGAAUUAUCCCCGGAGAGACACGUGGACUUCACCACGGAUGGUAACAUAGUUGUGGGGAUCCAGCUGCCGGAGAGAGCUGGCGCCGUUGGAGAUGCGAAACGUUUUGCUGACGUGGGAUCUUACUGUGAGUUUUCCGGGUUGGAAGCGGUGGUUCCCGCUCCAGGUGACGGCGGAAACGUGCAGAAAUCCCCGUACGCCGGCCGGGAUGAAGAGAGGAGACUCUCUCUCUCCGUUUCAUUCAGUUCCUCCCACCGCUUCGUGAGUUCGGCGUCCGUCAGCGUGUCGGAUCCAUCCAGGGUGCCUCGGGAGCCUUCGGUGCUGCCAGGUCACGAGCCCGCUCGGCACGUGGCACGGAGGAAGGCGGAACCACCAGCUCCAGGGCACUCUGGCCGUGAGGAAGCCAAGGAUGCUUCCAGGGAGCCGAAGCUCCUCGGGAACGGCGAGACGCGCUUCAGACCCGCUCAGGUUGGGGCGACUCCAGCAAAGAGCAGGUUUUCCGUACUCCCCAAAGCUGCCUCAACACCUGUCUCCAGCAAGUCUCCAAAGUUCAGGAAAACAAAUUACACGUGGGUGGCGAACCCUGGGAAAUGCUCUCGGGCUGUGAAGAGGUGGGUCAGCCCUCGAGCUUCCGAAAGCGCGAAGAAGGUCGCUGGUGGAGCGGACAGAGGUGUUAAACUGUCGCCAAAAGCUGACUUGGGAGCAAAGCUGAAGAAAUCGGGACUGCAGACCAAACUGGGAGUUUCUCCCAGCAAGUACAAGUGGAAAGCCUCCAGCCUGCAGGCCUUGCCCUCCACUUCCAAGUCGGCGUUCAGCUGGCGAUCCGAGGAUCAGAAAAACCCUCCAGCCCCCAACCCUCCUCGAGCUGGCGCUGCCCCGAGCACUGCGCCCGUCAGUCUCGGGGGGCCGAGGUCCUCCUUGGGUGAUGCCGUGUUGUCCAGUUACAAAGUGAAGAGUCGGACAAAAAUCAUCAGGAGAAGAGGAAGUUUGGGUUCCCUGACGGAUAAGAAGAACAGCUCCUCGCCUGCCGCCCCUCUGAAAAGCCACUUCCAUCUCCGGAAGAAAAACUCCCCGCGGGGGAAACCUUCCGUGACGCCAAAACGCUCCUCACCCAAGGGCCUGGUGCAGAUCACCAAGCACAGGCUCUGCAGGCUGCAGGUCUCCACCAAGGAAGGUGUCAAAGAGGCUCAGGAAAGGAAGAGGAUGGCGGAGGCAGUUCUCCUCUUCGGUGGUGACGUGAUCAUGAAGCGCGUUUUGCCUCUGCGGGACUCGUUCGCGGCUGGGAGGGUGGCCGGUGACGCGGAGCUGUGA